UGUUGUUGUCUGGUCAAAAAGAAGAAAUAAACUUGGGAUUUGAUUAGAUCCUUCAAGAACUUCAUUUACAUUGGCAACUCCCAAAGGCCUUCUUUCUCUCUCAUUAGAUUCGAAUCUUUUACUUUUCACAUGAUCAUCAUCACGAGAUCCUCUCCUCUCCUUCUUCUACUUGUUUCUCCUUCUCUCAACUCAAAACGUUAAUCUCUAACUCAACCUCUUGUCUGAACAACAACAACACAGAGAAUGGCUGGUACAUCUACCAAGAGGUUCCCUCUCUACGCUAAGGACUACGAGCUGUUCGAAGAGGUAGGCGAAGGUGUUAGCGCCACCGUGUACAGAGCCAGGUGCAUUGCUCUUAACGAGAAUGUCGCCAUUAAGAUCAUGGAUCUUGAAAAAUGCAGAAACGACUUGGACACGAUACGGAAGGAAGUCCACAUAAUGAGUUUAAUCGACCAUCCGAACCUGUUGAAAGCGCAUUGCUCUUUCAUCGACCGUAACAGCUUGUGGAUUGUGAUGCCUUACAUGUCGGGCGGGUCAUGCUUUCACCUCAUGAAAUCUGUGUAUCCAGAAGGUCUUGAGCAGCCUAUCAUCGCUACUUUGCUUAGAGAAGUGCUCAAGGCUCUUGUUUAUCUCCAUAGACAAGGACACAUCCACAGAGAUGUUAAGGCUGGGAACAUUCUGGUUCACUCAAGAGGUGUGGUUAAGCUUGGAGACUUUGGAGUUUCGGCGUGCAUGUUUGAUAGCGGUGAAAGGAUGCGUACAAGGAACACGUUCGUUGGAACUCCUUGCUGGAUGGCACCCGAGGUUAUGCAGCAAGUAGACGGAUAUGAUUUCAAAGCGGACAUUUGGUCGUUUGGCAUAACUGCACUAGAGCUUGCUCAUGGUCAUGCCCCGUUUUCCAAAUAUCCACCUAUGAAGGUGCUGCUAAUGACCUUACAAAACGCUCCUCCUCGCCUUGACUAUGAGAGAGAUAAGAAGUUCUCAAAGUCGUUUAGAGAGUUAAUCGCAGCAUGUUUAGUAAAAGAUCCAAAAAAGCGUCCAACCUCAGCAAAGCUUCUGAAACACCCCUUCUUCAAACAUGCUCGGUCUACAGAUUAUCUCUCCCGUAAGAUUCUCCAUGGUCUUUUUCCACUUGGUGAUCGUUUCAAAAAGCUCAAGGAGGCAGAAGCUGAAUUGUUUAAAGGCAUAAAUGGUGACAAAGAACAGUUAUCUCAGCAUGAGUAUAUGAGAGGAAUCAGUGCUUGGAACUUUGAUCUGGAAGACUUGAGGAAGCAGGCAUCACUUGUAAGUAAGAAUCCAGAUAGUGAAAUGUGCAGUUCAGAGGUUGGGGAUGAAGUACCAAAAAGAAAGCCAAUGGUGCGAAGGUCAAAGACUAUGUCUUUGGACAUGUUCAAGAUCUCUGAUAAGGAUCUGAUGAUGAGUUCGAGUAAUAGUCUAACAUACGGUGCAGUGCUACCUUCCUUUCAUCGCAAGUUCCUUCCAGCUGUAGGAUAUAAAGUUGGUACAUUUUCUGAGGAAAGAAAAGCACGUCGUGGAAGAACUGCAGAGUCCCUCGCUCUUGAAGAGCCACAUCAACCAAAAGAACCAUUAGAGGAUACCAAGCAAGUGGGAACAGCAGGAAGUGGGCAGGAGAAACAAAAGAAUGGCUAUACAGUUAGUCCUGUGAACCAGGCGUCUUGCACAGCUACUGAGAUACUCCCACUGUUACACAGUCUUUUGGUUCAGAAUGACAUUCAGAGGGAGAAAUUCAUUAGAUUAAUUAGAUUUUUUGAUCCAACUGCCGAAACUGAAAAUCCAAUCUCUAAAACAACCCAAGGUGUGCAGAUAUAUAUAUCAUCAAGGGAGAGAGAACUACAAUCUCAGGUUGAUUUCUUGGAGAAAAGUGUUGAGAUUCUUGUAGAGGAAGUGAAGAGAAGAAAAGAAAUAAAUGAUCAGCUAGAAGGACAGAUCAGAUCUCUAACUAGUAGCACCAGCAACAGCCUUCCUUGAGCUUUUGUCUCUUCCGACAUGAUGAUAAUAAUUAUUAUUUUUGUAUGUAUUCAUUAUUUAAUUGUUACUGUAUUAUAUAUCAAAUUCCGUAGAAUCACAGUUGCUGUGAAUCCCAUAUUCAUUCCUCCAAUCAAAUUAGAAAUCCA